AUGCCCUUCAGGACGGCUCGCACGAAGCAGACGGCGCGCAAGUCGACGGGCGGCAAGGCCCCGCGCCAGCAGCUGGCCACCAAGGCGGCCCGCAAGAGCGCGCCGGCCACCGGCGGCGUCAAGAAGCCGCACCGCUACCGGCCCGGCACGGUGGCCCUGCGCGAGAUCCGCCGCUACCAGAAGUCCACCGAGCUGCUGAUCCGCAAGCUGCCGUUCCAGCGGCUGGUGCGCGAGAUCGCGCAGGACUUCAAGACCGACCUGCGCUUCCAGAGCUCGGCCGUGAUGGCGCUGCAGGAGGCGUGCGAGGCCUACCUGGUGGGGCUCUUCGAGGACACCAACCUGUGCGCCAUCCACGCCAAGCGCGUCACCAUCAUGCCCAAGGACAUCCAGCUGGCGCGCCGCAUCCGCGGGGAGCGGGCCUAAGUUCCUUCAGCCAGUGAAAACUUUAAUGCCCAAAGGCUCUUUUCAGAGCCAAUGACCUUUUCUAUGAGAUAGUGCUUUGUUUUUGUUCUCGUAAAUUGUGAAAGAUUCUGGAGAAACC